AUGUUUGUAUAAGACAUGCAAUUUAUACGAUCAAGUGAAUAAAACUUUGUCAUAAACACUUAAUCCUUUCAAACAGUUGUAUUUUAGUAUGAUAGAUUAAUUCAAAUGCAAUUACCAGAGAAAUAGCUUUAUGAUAGUUUAAAAAAUAGGGCUCUGAAAUUAGGGCAGACAAUAAUGAUAAGUGGUAAUCCUUUUAAGGUUUUUUUAUUGGAUCCACUACAUGGUCAUGUAGGUGAUACAACAUCAAUACUUUGUUAUCCAGGAGAUUUGAGCAAUAAUAGAACUUUAUAACAAGUUUAAUUUCUGAAUCUCUCUCAGGAAAAGAAAGAACAUAUUACUAGACUUCCUAUUAACUAACAUAUAAGUCAAGAUUAAUAAAUAAUUAUUGAUGGACUUCUUAUGUAAGUUAUUCGAUGUUAACCUGAAGAUGGAAUAUUUCGAUAGUAAACUGUAAUUUAUUAUGUUAAUAAAAUAGGAAUGUAGAAUUGUUAACACUGGAAAACCUAUGUUAUAAGAAAUAUAGAUUAUAAUUCAAAACUAAUAAGAAUCAAAUAAAUAAGAAUUACUGAAAAAUUACAUUUAGCCUUAUUUUAUGAUUCCUAGGUAUGUUAGAGAAGGAUCUAGAUUAAAGAUUAAGGAAGUAGAUUUUAUUAUUAAAUCAUGUAAACCAAAGAAAGGAUUUAUUGAUAGUAGAACUAUAAUCCAAUUAUUUGAUAGUGAAUAAUUUACAUUUAAAUCAAUGAAUGAUGAAGAUGAAGAAACUGGAGGUUUAUAAGUUUAAAUAAAUACUCUUAAAAUUCUAUAAGAUAAAACAGCAUCUAGAAAUUAAUUUGUUUAAAAAAGAAAAAAAUUAUAUAGUAUGAUGGAAAACUAUUGUUAAUAUGAUGAAAAAGAAAAUUAGAUUGUUUUAUCUUCAAGAGACUUAAGUAGUAGAAGUUAAUCAAUUAAUGAUUUUCCAAUCUUUCCAAAUACAUUUCUUUCAUAAUUACAUAAAGAAAUUGAUGAAGUUUCUCAUGAUCUAGAAAGUGAUCUUAUGGAUAGUGAUGAAACCUAUUAAGGUAUAGGACUUCAUGAAUAAAAUCAAAAAUUAUCAUAGAUGACUUUACCUGUUUUCUUUAAAAAUAUACUUAUCUCCAAUAAACAUGGAGCUAAUAGAUAAUCAAGAUUAUAAUAACCUGAAUAGCCAUAUUCAGAUGAUUCAUCUUUAGAUAGAUCUAUAGAUUCUGAUAAUAAUGCUUAAUAAUAAUAAAGUGAAACUUCUCUUCUCAUUCAUGAAGAUUAACCUCAUUUGAUAGCUCUUCCUCGAUAUUUUGAUGAAAUCGUAUUAGUAUUAAUUAAUAUUUAUCAUUAAGUUUAAUUCACAAAGAUGGUUACCAAUUAUUCAUGAUGGAGUUUCAUAAAACAUUAUAAAUAAAUUUCCAGAAAGGAAAAUUGAUCUUUAAUGGAUUUAAAAUAAAGGAAAAAAUGAGAAUGCUGAUUUUUGUAAAUGUAUGAUUUGUUUAAUGGAUUACACUGACGAAGAAAUUGUGAGAACAUUACCUUGUCGUAAAUAUCUAAAUUAAUUCAUUUUUAGUUCACUAUUUUCAUUGUGAAUGUAUAGAUUUCUGGUUAGCUAAAAGUCGUAAAUGCCCAAUUUGUAAAACUGGAUGUGAUUAACAUCUAAACUAUUGAU